GCCUUCGCCUCUCUUUGCCCCCCCCUUUUUCCGCCGGAGCGCCGACAGCGAGGACGCCGCAUUCGACCGCAAUCUAGUCGGAAUCUACCCUCUAUCCGCUGUUCUCAUCGACUGGGUCCGUCCGCACGCUGCCACCGGCCCCUCGGCCCCCGCUUCUCUAAAGUUCCUAUCUAGCCAUACGAGAUCAUGGAGAAUGGGGAAAUGGAAAGUGCAAAUCAGGAAACACACUUACAAAGUGGGCGGCGAUAUACACCAGUUGUCACCCAUGAUCAAGCUGUGCUCCAGAUGUCUUCCAUAGAGCCUAUACCUCCCCCACAGAUCCCACUGAAGAAACUCAAUUUGCGCUCUCUGGAAAACAUGGACCCUGGUACAAGAGGGGAGUCUUCUGAUAGUCAUGGUGUGUCCGAUGGAUCUCAAAACGAAUCAAAACUCGAGCUGUUUGGUUUUGAUUCUCUUGUCAAUAUUUUGGGACUUAAAAGUAUGACAGGGGAGCAGAUUCCAGCACCUUCUAGUCCUAGAGAUGGUGAGGAUGUGGCGAUUACUCUUGGACGACCCAAGCAAACUGGUCCGAAACUAGGAACUAUGAUGGGCGUAUUUGUGCCAUGCCUGCAAAACAUCUUGGGAAUCAUCUACUAUAUCCGCUUUUCUUGGAUCGUGGGUAUGGCAGGUAUAGGCGAUUCGCUUUUGCUCGUUUUACUUUGUGGUCUUUGCACAUUUUUAACCGGAAUAUCAUUAAGUGCAAUUGCAACUAAUGGGGCCAUGAAGGGUGGUGGACCAUAUUAUCUUAUCGGUAGAGCCCUUGGUCCUGAAGUUGGAGUUAGUAUUGGAUUGUGCUUUUUCCUUGGGAAUGCUGUAGCUGGAGCUCUGUAUGUCUUGGGAGCUGUUGAAACCUUCUUAGAUGCUAUACCUGCUGCUGGAUUUUUCAAAGAGAGUGUAACAAUAGUUCCUAAUAUUACAUCAGUAAAUGGUACAACUGGCACUCCAACAACAGUAUCCACUCCAAGCUUACAUGACCUCCAACUUUAUGGGAUUAUUGUGACCAUACUUUUAUGUUUUAUUGUGUUUGGUGGUGUGAAGAUAAUCAAUAAGGUGGCACCUGCUUUCUUAAUACCUGUCCUAUUUUCAAUCUUCUGCAUAUUCAUUGGAAUCUUUGUAGCUCCAAGGAGUAAUGCUUCAAGUGGCAUCACAGGAUUAAGUGCAAAAACAUUCAAAGACAAUUGGAGUUCAGAUUACCAACGGACCACCAAUGCUGGAGUACCUGACCAGAAUGGAUCUACUUUUUGGGAUUUUAAUGCUUUGGUAGGUCUCUUUUUUCCAGCCGUAACAGGAAUUAUGGCAGGUUCAAAUAGGUCUGCAUCAUUGAAAGAUACACAGCGAUCUAUACCCAUUGGAACAUUGUCUGCGACUCUCACAACCUCAUUUUUAUAUCUCAUAUCAGUGCUACUAUUUGGAGCUUUAGCUACCAGAGAAGAGCUCUUGACAAACAGGCUCCUCACUGCUGAAGUUGCUUGGCCUGUUCCAGCAAUCAUUUAUGUCGGGAUCAUUCUUUCUACUUUAGGAGCAGCACUUCAGAGUUUGACAGGGGCUCCACGGUUGCUUGCAGCAAUAGCAAAUGAUGACAUUCUUCCUGUUCUUAAAUAUUUUAGGGUCACAGAAGGUGGUGAGCCUCAUUUGGCAACUUUGUUUACAGCCUUCAUCUGUAUAGGAUGUGUUGUGAUCGGGAAUCUGGAUCUAAUUACACCAACUGUCACUAUGUUUUUCCUUCUAUGUUAUGCCGGUGUGAAUUUAUCUUGUUUCCUUCUGGACCUUCUUGAUGCUCCUAGCUGGCGUCCUCGAUGGAAGUUUCACCACUGGAGUCUCUCACUUAUUGGUGCUCUGCUUUGUAUUGUGAUCAUGUUUUUAAUCUCCUGGUUUUUCACCGUGGUGUCUCUGGCUCUUGCCAGCCUGAUAUAUUACUAUGUCAGCUUAAAAGGAAAGGCUGGAGAUUGGGGAGAUGGGUUCAAGAGUGCAUAUUUCCAAUUGGCCCUGCGAAGCCUUAGAUCUUUAGGAGCAAACCAAGUACAUCCUAAAAAUUGGUAUCCAAUUCCCCUCAUCUUGUGCCGGCCAUGGGGAAAGCUGCCAGAGAAUGUACCUUGUCAUCCAAAGCUUGCUGACUUUGCCAAUUGCAUGAAGAAGAAAGGCCGUGGUAUGUCAAUAUUUGUCUCAACCAUUGAUGGUGACUAUCAUGAAUUGGCUGAGGAUGCCAAGACAGCCUGCCAUCAGCUGAGCGCUUACAUUGAUUACAAGCACUGUGAGGGUGUUGGUGAGAUCAUUGUGGCGCCUAAUAUGUCUGAUGGUUUUCGUGGUAUUGUUCAGACUAUGGGUCUGGGGAACCUCAAGCCUAAUAUUGUUGUCAUGCGAUAUCCGGAGAUCUGGCGUCGUGAGAACCUCACCCAGAUUCCAUCCACAUUUGUCAGCAUUAUCAAUGACUGCAUCAUCGCCAACAAGGCAGUUGUGAUUGUCAAGGGACUUGAUGAAUGGCCAGGUGAGUACCAAAAACAGUAUGGAACUAUUGACCUGUAUUGGAUAGUGAGGGAUGGGGGCCUGAUGCUGCUUCUGUCCCAACUGCUGCUGACAAAAGAGAGUUUUGAGAGUUGUAAGAUACAAGUCUUCUGCAUUGCUGAAGAAGACAUGGAAGCUGAAGAACUGAAGGCUGAUGUGAGAAAGUUCCUGUAUGAUCUCCGGAUGCAGGCUGAGGUAAUUGUGGUAACAAUGAAGUCAUGGGAGGCACAUGUCGAGAGUGGGGCUCAGCAGGAUGACUCUUUGGAGGCGUUCACUAGUGCACAGCGGCGGAUUGCUGCAUAUCUUGCAGAGAUGAAGGAAACAGCAAGGAGAGAAGGGAAUCCACUAAUGGCAGAUGGGAAGCCAGUAGUGGUGAACGAGCAACAGGUGGAUAAGUUUCUCUACACGACGCUCAAGUUAAAUUCAACUAUACUAAGAUACUCACGGAUGGCUGCUGUGGUAUUUGUAAGCCUCCCGCCUCCACCUUUGAACCAUCCGGCAUACUUCUACAUGGAGUAUAUGGAUCUGCUGGUUGAAAAUGUGCCCAGGAUGUUAAUAGUUAGGGGAUACAGAAGAGAUGUUGUCACACUUUUUACAUGACCAGUGGAGAUUCUUGGUCUCACAUGUUCAUGAGAUAGCAGAAGUGGAAUAUUUUAUUGGAAAGAAUAUAUAGCAAUUUAUAAAUGAUCAGUUAAGGAGCGUGGCUAAAUGAAAGGUUCAAAAAGUUGCAUUAGCUUAUUUUUAUGCUUAGAAAGAAUGAGUGGAUGGAUCAGGCAGUAUGUUACUGAGAUCAGGAGGGUCUACAUGCAGGCAAUUCGGAAGAUCAGAUGCACCUACUUCAAACUUGGCAUGUAUAUUAUUAUACCGUACUUAGUUUUAAGGCAGAUAGCAUAAAUUGGAUUCAUUCUUUUUCGCCCAAUUAGUUGGGAUUGUUUUCAUAGUUCUGUUUUGUUGUCACAAAAGGGGCGUGGGUAAACGGAUCAGGAGGAGCUUGCCCAGGAUGGUAGAGUUUUGUAACAACCGCAUCUGGAUGUAAUUUUAUAGUGUUGGGUUUCACUCAUCCUUGCUCUUU